AUGACGCCUGCUAGCAGUUCCUCUCUGUCUCUCAAGGUCUCCCACUUCUCUGAUCCUACUCACUCCCGGCUCCACUUCCCUGUUUUGCGCUCGGAAUCGCCCUGUAAGGCAUUCACGGAAGGACACAGCCCAGAAGAAAGACAGCACCAGCAAUGGAACCGCCUGUGCCCUUACGGCGGAGAAGUCAGCCAUGUGAUUAAUCACUGCCCAGUCCGACCUACCUGGAACCAAGACAGAGCAGCUAAGCCCACAGAAGUUCCAGCAUUCGAUGACUGGUACUGCAGGGGUCAGAAGGUGUGGUGUAUUGUCAGGCUUGGGUCCAAGAAUAUCAAGCUGACUGUCUGUGCAAACCGCAGCUCUACAUCCUGGUCAACGAGUAAAGUUAGUAAUGAAAAACCCUUGGAUUUCCCUUGUGAAUCAUCAAACAAGUCUGCCCUGUUACCUAUAAACUACAGCUGCCUAGUGUGUUGUAUCUCCCUCACUUUUCAGUUGGAGAGGCCCAUGUUGUCCAAGCUCUGCCUGACUCCCGACGCUGACACGGGCAUCUGCAAUACCUUGUGGAAUGGGAGGGAUUCAGCCCAAAAGAACGGUCUUGGGCUCCUGCUUCAGACGUCCUUGACCCCGACCUGGUGGUGGACCUUCUUUGUGUUCACCCUUCCAGGCCAGCUCCACGUCCCCGUGGUUGUCCCUGGUGCACUGUAUGGCCUCCAGGAGGUGGCUGUUUGGGGGGAGAGUUCUGUCAUGGUUUACGUACAAUCAGAUGAUCCACCUGUGUUUGUUCCUACUUAAGGCAUAGUGAGAUAGCGUUUCGGUGCAAAGUAUUGCCAUAUCUAUAAUGCAUGCCGAGCAGCGUCUCUCGAAGUCUCCCGCUUCUCCGAUAUUGCGCCAUUCCUGGCUCUGCUUCCCUGUUUCGACCUCAAACCCAAUUAAUUUACCUGUCAUGUCUCGCUGUGGGACUGACUUCUCUGGCAUCCAAACUCUCUGCAGCAGAUACUUGGAUUUCGAUCUUCGCUCAGCAUUUCCAAUGUCUAAUUGCCAAUGUAAUCAAUACAAUCCAGAACUGCGCAUUUGGGUCUCCUCAAUAUUGUUUUACGAAAUGUAUCCACUUCCCACUCCAAAUGAAGAAUGAUCCAACUCCUUAAUACACUGAAAAAUCUUUAACACAUGAAUACACAAAAAAUAUCGGUCCGUAUGUACAACCGAGAACAAGAAGAAAAAGUCCUAUAUAAUCAAAUCUGAGCAAAUUAAAAAGGGUGUGUUCUCAUAAGAAUGUAAUGUCAUGCCAAAAUUUUGGAGCAAAGUAAAUGCAACACUGAAUUUGGGAAAUUAAACUGAAGCUGGCUCCCUGCCAUCAGCUGUAAUUUCAAUUCAUGGUUGCUACUGUUGUUAUGAUUUUUAUUACUGUGUUAAUAUUACUAAUUAUUCAAAUAUAUAUGUCAUCAGCACAAGCUAUCUUAUUGUCAAUUUGCUGCAAA